AUGGCCACCCGCCCCCACCGUUUCCUCCUCCUCCCCGUGCUACUCCUGCUGCUCAGCGUCUCCUCCGCGAGCGCCAAUGGCGAUGUAGUCACGGCGGGGAGCGGGAAGGUUAGCAUGGCGCUCUACUAUGAGUCGCUGUGCCCCUUCUCAACGCACUUCGUGGUGAACAGCCUCGCCAGACUCUUCAAGGAUGGACUCCUUGAUGCCGCGGACCUCACCGUCGUUCCCUAUGGCAACGCCAAGGUGGACGCGCACGGUGCCAUCACCUGUCAGCAUGGCCCCGAUGAAUGCCUUCUCAACAACGUGGAGGCUUGCGCCAUCGAAGCCUGGCCGGAUUUGAAUGUGCAUUUCGGUUUCAUCAACUGCGUGGAGGACCUGGUGAUGAACCGCAAGUGCGAGGAAUGGGAGUCGUGCUUCCAGAAACAGGGGCUUGACCCCAAGCCUGUCAUGGAGUGCUACAACAGUGAGCAUGGCCACAAGCUUUCGCUCAAGUAUGGGAAACAGACUGAUGCGCUUGUGCCCCCGCACAAGUACGUUCCAUGGGUGGUGGUUGAUGGCCAGCCGCUGUAUGAGGACUACGAGAACUUCGAAGCUUACGUCUGCAAGGCUUACAAGGGCCAUCCUCCCAAGAUUUGCCAAGGGCUGGGCCGUGACUACCCAAUCGUACAACAGGUGGUGGAGGCUGGCAACGGUGUCACCUACAACUCCGGCGAUUUCGAGCUGGAUGAAGGGGUCGACGACAAGAUUAAGAUUAAGAUGGUCCAGGGUGAUGACAAUUGA